GGAGCGGGACAGGUUUCCGGGCUGCCACGUCUGAGAGGAGCGGAAGCGGCUGUGGGUCCGGCAUUGAGUGAGAGCGGAGCGGCGCGGUGCGGCCUGUCUGUCCUGUCCUGAGGGGAGCUGCCCGGCGGAGCCAUGGUUUCUGUAAUUAAUACCGUGGAUACGUCCCAUGAGGAUAUGAUUCAUGAUGCACAGAUGGAUUACUAUGGCACCCGUCUCGCAACCUGCUCCUCUGACCGAUCUGUGAAGAUAUUUGAUGUUAAAAACGGAGGCCAGAUCCUUAUUGCGGACCUGAGGGGCCAUGAAGGUCCUGUCUGGCAGGUGGCAUGGGCUCACCCAAUGUAUGGCAACAUCUUGGCAUCCUGUUCCUACGACCGGAAGAUCAUCAUCUGGAAGGAGGAGAAUGGAACUUGGGACAAGAUGUAUGAAUACACAGGACAUGAUUCUUCUGUCAACUCGUUGUGCUGGGCACCUCAUGAGUUUGGAUUGAUCCUUGUCUGUGGUAGCUCUGAUGGUGCAAUCUCGGUGCUUUCAUAUUCCGGCGACGGUCAGUGGGAAAUGAAGAAAAUCAGCAACGCGCACACGAUCGGUUGUAAUGCUGUCAGUUGGGCUCCAGCAGUUAUACCUGGCAGUCUUGUGGACCAGCCUUCAGGGCAGAAGCCAAACUAUGUCAAGCGAUUUGUGUCAGGAGGCUGUGACAAUCUGGUCAAGAUAUGGAAAGAAGAGGACGGUCAGUGGAAAGAGGAUCAAAAGCUUGAAGCCCACAGCGACUGGGUUCGGGAUGUUGCCUGGGCUCCAUCGAUUGGACUUCCCACAAGCACCAUUGCCAGCUGCUCCCAGGAUGGCCGAGUUUUUAUCUGGAUUUGUGAGGACCCUACUGGGAAUACAUGGACACACAAACUCUUGCACAAAUUCAAUGAUGUAGUGUGGCACGUCAGCUGGUCCAUCACUGGGAACAUCUUGGCCGUUUCCGGAGGUGACAACAAGGUCAGUCUCUGGAAGGAGUCCGUUGAAGGCCAAUGGGUUUGCAUCAGUGACGUGAACAAAGGCCAGGGAUCAGUGUCGGGUAUCACAGAGGGCCAACAGAAUGAGCAGUGAAUGGUGAAGGAGCAUCACAGGAAUGUUGUCUUGAAUUGUAUAUUUGGCAAAAUAAAAUGGAUUGCAAGAAACUGGGAACAAACAAAAAUCGAAGGUGUUUUGUGCCCCGAAGCCCUGUAUUGUUUACGGAGAGGAAUAUGUAUCAGUGCAAUUCCUGUUGUCAUUGACACACAAGCAGAUCUUUUGUAAUUGCAGUGUUCAGAGUGCCUUGUAGGGGGGGAGUAAGAAGGUGCUGUUUGGCUGAUCAGACAUCACGUGCACCACCGAUAGAAGCUGUGCUCAAGCUGAUAAUGUACAGCCACAGCCCAAGGCCUGUUAUUUGAUAGUGGGAACAAGACAUUAUCUUGUCUGUCACCAUAUGAAUCUGUCCUCCAGCAGUAGAUGGUAAUAGGAUCUUAAAACAGACGUUCCAAGACGGCAAGGUGGCCAGUACAUUGAAGUAUGACACAGCAGUCAACUGCAAGAUUCAAGCUUGUGCUUGUUUGUUUGUUGUGAGGAAUUCCCCUAAAUAGAGGACUACCAAAUUUGAGAGGAACGAGUUGUCAGUGAAAUGCUCCUGCCUACCACCUUUUAGAAUAGUUUGGAGGAGCAGAUGGCCUACUUCACCCUAAGAAGAGGGAGUAAAAAUUGUCCUGCAGUAAUGCUGCACUAUGAAUUCAAGCGCAGUGAUCUUUUUUAAAUCCUAAUUAUUUCUCUCCAAAAUAUUCCUGACAACCAAACCUUUUACGCACACUUACUCUGUGUCCUGAAAAUGCCUCAGAAAUUUAAAAUGCCACUGGAUCUCUCCUGAAAGUAAAAGGUUCAGGAUUGUUGGAACCAUGGAUUGCUGGAGAUUCUAGCUCCUGAACUUGGAGGCAGGCUCAUAUAGGGACUCCACCCAUUCAUAUUGGCCGCGUUUGUGUUACGUGUGCCUAAGCUGUCGCUGCAACUCUUCCAUUUCAAGGCCAAUUCUCCCCUACAAACUGGUCUGAAUGCAGGGUUUACAUCUUUUAAAAAGAGCCUUUGCUGAAAUCCUGUUUUGUUAAUAUUUUGGUGAAGAGGAAUAAUUCGGACUGUAAACCACAGACACUGUACAAUGUGGGCUCAUGUAAAAACCUAAUGAUGGGGACUAGAAAUUAAGGCAUCGGCUUUAAAUAUUUAGUCCUCGAUUCCUAUAGCUCUCUGACUUGAUGGUUAAAAUUGAACUGUUUAAUAAAUCGAUAUAAUGUAA